AUGGGAAACACACAAGGAAAGCCCAUUUCUUGCAACGAUGCAGUCAACCUCAAUCACUUCCGCCUCCUUCGGGUAGUUGGAAAGGGUGCAUUUGGCAAGGUUCGAAUCGUUGAGAGGAAGGAUACUGGCCUAACAUUCGCCCUGAAAUACAUUCGAAAAGAGGAGGUUGUACGUUCGGAAAGUGUACGGAACAUCAUUCGUGAAAGAAGAAUGCUCGAACACUUGAACCAUCCCUUCCUAUGCAAUUUGCGGUAUAGCUUUCAGGACAUCGAAUACAUCUACAUCGUUGUCGAUCUCAUGAAUGGUGGCGAUCUUCGAUUUCACAUUUCCCGCAAAUGUUUCACCGAGGAAGCAGUGCGCUUUUGGGCCGCAGAACUUGGCUGUGCCUUGAAAUACAUCCAUUCCCAAGGCAUCAUCCAUCGCGACGUCAAACCUGAUAAUGUGCUGUUAGACUCAGAAGGCCAUGUCCACUUGGCAGAUUUCAAUGUGGCAUCGGAUUUCCGACCAGGAAAGCCUCUCACAAGCAAGUCGGGGACAUUGGCUUACCUGGCCCCAGAAGUGUAUGAAGGCGGUGGAUAUUACUUCGAAGUUGACUGGUGGUCUUUGGGUGUCACGUUUUACGAAUGCAUUUACAACAAGCGUCCCUUCGAAGGUCGCAGCCAGGAAACCCUGAGCGAGAACAUCAAAAAGGCACAACCGAAGUACUAUGUCACCAACCCCGCGGUGUCGGUCCCCUGUCUACGAGCUCUGAUGGCUCUGAUGGAGCGUGAUCGCAGCCGCCGCAUUGGUGCCAUUGGAUUUGAGAGCUUCACUUCACAUGAAUUCUUCGCCGACAUCGACUUCGACGCGCUCGAGCGCAAAGAGAUUCCCCCUGUUUUCCGACCCUCCAGUGACAAGACAAACUUCGAUGCGACAUACGAUUUGGAGGAGCUCUUGUUGGAGGAGGCACCCCUGGAAGCCCGGGCUCGUCGGCAGAAGCCGCGUGCAGAGCUACGUGACGAUGCCACCGCAAAAGAAAUCCGGGAGGAUGAACUUCAUCGCCUCAUUGAGACCAUGUUUGAACCAUUUGACUACACCACCGUUGACUACCAAGGCAGUGCCGCCGAAGCCAUUGCCGCAACAAUAAACCCCGAAGAUUGCCUCCCCAAUGCAACGACCACCAACGCAAUUACUACGACCAACACCACACACGUCCGACAGCCCUCCCAGCCUGAAUCGGCCGUUCGCACUUCACCAUUGAACGAGGGGCCGGUCCACCGGAUAUCUCAAAGUGAAGUAACUACGCCUGCCAGUGAAAAUUUGGACCCGAACGACACUGCUUCAAUUGGGCCCCCUCCCCCUCAACUCGCGCAUCCGCCUCUCCUCCACCCCAUCCUCCCUCCUUCCACCGUCCCUUGCCGCCACCCCCUCGACGAGGCGGCUGGUAGCUGGAGCGAGCUCGCCAAUCACAGUUCUACUCUCCCUGCAGAAGGUCUGGAGGGUGAUGCGAGUAAAGGAAAGGGCUCCAACAGUGGGAUGCUCUCGUUCCUCAGUCGCAAGAAGGGCCGUGACCGCAGUCCUAAGCCCACGGAGCCAGGUGUUCUGGGCAAAGAGGGUGCUCGCCAGAUCAUCAGUUGA